UUUUCGAAUGAUGAGCUUUGUCCUCUUAACAUUUGUGGUCCAUCUUAAGGAGGAUAGUCGAAAAGUUACUAUAGUAGAAAAGGAUAACAAUUUUGACGCGUGUAGGGAUAUGAGUGGGCGGAGAUUGAGACAUGCUAAUGCUGACAAGAGGUUGGAGGAAUGGAGAGAUGGUGAUGGUGAGGAGGAUAGGAAGCUUGAGAAGGUUGAUGAGGAUUUUCUGAAGAAACAUAUUAAGAAAUUGAAGAUAUGUUACGGAGAAACUGAUUUUAUCUCCGUUCGUACUCUUCGCCGCCGGUUGAACGAGAUUUGCAAAAAGAGAAGAAAAAAUGAGUCGGGCUAGUGCAGCUGGUGCCAAGGGAAAGAAGAAGGGUGCAACCUUCACCAUUGACUGUGCUAAGCCAGUUGAAGACAAGAUCAUGGACAUUGCUUCCCUUGAGAAGUUUCUUCAAGAGAGGAUCAAGGUUGGUGGCAAAGCUAGUGCUCUAGGUGAUUCUGUUACUGUUACCAGGGAGAAAUCCAAGAUUACUGUUACCUCUGACAGUAAUUUUU